GCCAGCGCCCAUGAUUUUAUCUCGACCUUUCCAAGGGGGUACCAGACCAUGGUAGGCGAAGCCGGGGCGCAGCUGAGUGGCGGACAGAAGCAGCGGUUGGCAAUCGCUCGAGCUCUGAUUAGAAAGCCUGCCGUGCUUCUGUUGGAUGAGGCCACCAGCGCACUGGAUUCCGCAUCUGAGCGAGCCGUCCAGAAGGCGCUGGACGAACUCCUCAGCUCAGGUGGACGCACAACAAUUGUGAUUGCCCACCGCCUGUCGACAGUUCGCAACGCCCAUCAAAUAUGUGUGCUGGAGAAGGGGAAGGUAGUGGAGCAAGGGACACAUGAGGAGCUGAUGUCCAAGCAAGGCGCUUAUGAGAAGUUGUUGAGCCUGCAGCUGUCCGCAUCAAAGGAUUGGCCCGCACCAGCUGCUCCUAGAAGGGUGGAUACCGCCCUUGCAAAUGCGGCGGAGGCACCGAGCGCAGCGCAGAAGCUCCUGGAGGCGAAAUCUGAGGAGGAGACGAUGAACCAGGAAGAAGGUUCAAAUGAUGGAGGCAAGACCCAGGAUGACGCAGAGGAGAAGUGCCUGAAGCUCGCAACGACCUACGAGUUCGAAAAAGAUCUUGGAACAGCCUAUGCGGUCAAAGAGGUGUGGAGAUUGUCCAAGCAGGACUACAAGCUCUACAUUAUUGGGGUUGGCUUCACAUUUCUGGGCUCCAUGGUGAUGCCUUACUUUUCUGUUCAGUUUGCACGAACCAUCAACAUCUUCAACCAGCCGCCAGCAGUUCUGGACCCAGCGACACACAAUUGGUAUGCAGCCUACAAUGAGCCUUUCAUCGCCACCAACGUGAACAACCUGUGCAUGCUGAUGCAGGCGCUCAGUGUCUUCUGGCUGUUGCAAGCUAUCGGCGCUUCUUGGGCCUUCGCCAAAGCGGGUGAGCUGAUGACCCUGCGAGUUCGUGCACGCUUCUUUGAGUCCCUCCUCCGCCAGGAAAUCACAUGGCACGACAAGCAGGGCACGGCCCAUUUGCUUUGGAAGCUCGGAGCAGAUGUUCCAAGCCUGAAGAUGCUCGUGGGCGCCAACAUCGCUGCUGCCGCCAAUUUUGCGUUCACAACCAUCAUCGGGGUUUCAGUCGCGUUGUAUUUCAGCUGGCGCUUUUGCUUGUGCAUUUUUAUUCUCAUGCCGUUGAUGGGGGUUAGCGCCAUUGGCGUUGGACUGAACAUGCGCAAGAUCGAUGGGGACUACUCCAGCGGUGUCGUGUCUGAGGCUGUGAAUUGCGUGAAAACUGUGACAGCCUUUGGUUUGCAAGGCCGACUCAUGGAGAAGUAUGAAUCCAGACUUGAGAGCCACAUGGAAGACGAGCAACGAAUCCGCCGAGUCUCGGCCCUGGGGACUGGAGUCGCCUCUGCAGGGGUUUUCAUGAUCCUGGCGAUGGCAGUCUUCGGCAUCAACAUGUUCAUUUCCCGUGGCCUGAUGCAGGUGGACAUUGCCACGGUGGUUAUCAUGGUCCUGGUCACGACUGUCAGUGCCUUUGGCGAGCUCGCGCGCUUGAUCACGGACACCAGCUUGCCGCAGGAGUCGGCGAGACGGAUAUUCAAUAUUAUUGCAAGAAGGUCCAAGAUUGACCCAUUUUCAGACGAGGGCUUGAAGCUGGACAAAGUGAGUGGCAAGGUGGAGUUCCGCCAGGUGUAUUUCCGCUAUGCCACGCGGCCAAACCUUGCAGUGUUCAACGGACUCAGCCUCACGAUAGAACCAUGCACGACAACAGCAUUUGUUGGACCUAGUGGCUGUGGCAAGAGCACGGCCGUCGGCCUCUUGCAGCGGUUUUACGAUCCUCAAGGUGGAUGCAUUCUUCUGGAUGAUCAUAAUGUGCGCGACCUGAACCUGCAGUGGCUUCGAGCGCAGAUGAGCAUGGUGCAGCAAGAGCCGAUUUUGUUUUCACGGAGCAUUCUUGACAACAUACGUUACGGCCAGCAGGACGCUACGAUGGAGGAGGUUGAAGCUGCUGCUAAAGCGGCCAAUGCUAGUGACUUCUUGAACGCCAUGCCACAGGGCUUCAGCACACAGGCAGGUCAUCGAGGUGCACAGCUCAGCGGUGGACAGAAGCAGCGCAUUGCAAUUGCGCGUGCGUUGCUGCGCGACCCCGCGGUUCUUCUCCUCGAUGAAGCCACCAGUUCGUUGGAUGCUGUGAGCGAGCGUCUAGUUCAAGAUGCUUUGGACCGGCUGGUUAGGUCGAAGCCUCGUACAACCAUCAUCAUCGCGCACAGGUUGUCGACGGUGCGCAGCGCUGAUCAGAUCUGUGUGUUCAACCAUGGUCAGAUCGUGGAAAAGGGCAAGCAUGAACAGCUAAUGGAUUUGGAUGGUCACUACUCCAGGUUAGUGUCAGCUCAACAGAUCUCGGUGUGA